UUCAGCGGCUGCCGUGAAGCCUAAGCCCAAGGUCAGGGUCAGGAAGAACCCCAUGAAGCAGUCAUGCUUCGACUUCACCAAGGUGGACGUCGUGCUUCUCCCCAUCGUCUUCCUCCUCGUCCGCCCCAAUGUUGGCAAGUCAGCCCUCUUCAACAGGAUCAUUGCGUCUCUGCGAGCUAAUCAGCUCUGUGAGCGUCUCCCUAGCCCCAAUGGCGAGUCAACUAUUGAUUGCCAUCAGAUCUCAAAGAUGCCAAAUCUUGCAUUCACCAUAGCAAAUAAGACUUUCACCUUAACACCAGAGCAGUACAUAGUGAAGCUGGAGCAAGCAGGACAAACUAUCUGCAUCAGUGGGUUUAUGGCAUUUGACGUACCGCCUCCUCGUGGUCCUCUCUGGAUACUUGGUGAUGUUUUUAUGGGUGUCUACCACACUGUUUUUGACUUCGGCGAGAACAUGAUUGGGUUUGCCAAAUCUGCAUGAGGACUGGAGUUCUGCGCUUUAGUAGCAUGUCCAGUUUGUUAUCCCGGUAUUGUACAUAUAUAUGUUGCCAACUGGUGUAAUCUGCAGUGUUUAAUAGUAUAUAUUCAUGCAGAAAUCUAGAAGAUUGUGGCAUGAUAUGUGUUUGCAAAUGGAGCUAUGUUAUGUAUGGAGCUCCAGGACCUAGAGUUUUAUGUAAAGGGAGACGAUGAGGAUUAGGGCUUUUAACCUAUUCUCAUCACGUUAUUGUCCUGAUUACUA